CAGGUUCUCUCUCUUCAUUCAGUCCGGGCCAGGCUCCCAGACUGACGGUUAGCUAGUUAACGGAUCUCACGACUAUUAUUAUUAUGGAACUGGGUUAUGUUUCCCGUCACAAACGGACAAACGGUGUGUGGAAAUGCCUCAACGCCUUAUUCUUCUGCUGAGUGAGCACAGCAGUUUGGAUUUUAUCUUCAAGAAAAGUUGGGAAGUUUAAAUCAACUGGCGCUCUUUUGAGUUUUCUUCUAACGUGUGUAGGAAUGUAAGCUAACUUUCCCAACUUUUAUCUAAUGGAUACAGAGAUAUUAUUGGAGUAUUUACAUACGUUUUUUUGUGAUGUUUUAGGGUCUUUCUUUUAAGGUGGAAGUGGACUAACGUUUUUCCAUCUCGUCUCGGACAGGUUUUCAUCACCUAACGUUAGCUAGCGGAAUGUUUUUUUCUGGUCAUCUCAACGGUUCCAGUGGUUUUGUUGCGUUUACGUGAAUUUGGAAAAUCAAAAUGAUUUCGGAGGAGAGAAGCAGCCACGUGAAUAAACAAGCCCUAAACUUCCCCGUGGGUUUACUGAUCCGCUCUCCAAAGAAGCGACUAGCCAAACUGGGGAGGAAACCCAGCAAUGGAUCUGUCCAGUCCAAUAACUCGGACAUCACCAUCCGCUCCACAGAGAGUGUUGGUGUCCGGCAGCCGGCCAAGAGCAAAAUCCGCCGGCACAACAACAGGAUUUCAACUGUUUUUAACCACAGCCCAAACAGUGGACGCCGCACCCAGGCGCUGGGCAGCGGGCACCUGGCUGCAGACUGCCAGGCUGCAGACGACCCGGCAGAGCUGUCCAGUCUAAUGUCUGUCCCUGGCAUCCUGAAGGUUUUUGGCAGCGACAUCUGUCAAGGGACCAACUAUAAGAGCGUGCUGGCCACCACACAGUCCAGUGCAAAGGAGCUGGUGAAGGAGGCCUUGGAGAGGUACUGCCUGGAGAAAGAAGACGCCAACAACUACGUUCUCUGCGAUGUGAUCGGCAAGACGGGCGCAGACAACCAGUGGAGGAGGGAGUGUUUCCGGGUGGUGGGAGACAACGAGAAGCCCCUCAUGCUGCAGUCACUUUGGAAACCCAAGGAAGGCUUCUCCAGGCGUUUUGAAAUCCAGUUGAGAGCGAGCGUUGAAGAGCAAAGCUUAAAGGACAGAGACACAGUCACAGCAGGCAUCAAUGCUCAGGCUCGUAAGCUCCAGAAGAGCCGCUCCAGAGUGACCUCCCUGUUUGUGGACGGCAGCGGGGAGGAUGUGGACGGACUCGGCAUCUGGAGGAGUCUGAGCGAGAUGGAUCUGUCUGCGAUGGGGAAGGAGGCCAGCCGGGCCCAACAGAGCGCGCUCAGAGAGGAUCCAGAGGCCGAGGCUGACAAGGACGUCCUGCGACUGGGCAUGGAGAAGGAGGAGACGGAGAGCAGCGACGACAACACCACCCAGUACUCCAUUCACCCACCCUUUGACUUCCCAUACUUCCUGCUACUGCAGGGCUACAGCCACAGACAGGAUUUUGUCAUCUACCUGAUGAGUGGGACCACCACCAUCUUUGGCUGCUGCAGGGAGCACUGUAACGGAGAAGACGAGGAAAGGUUAAAGGUGGACAUCCUUCUCUUUGCUCCGGAUGUGUUGCCUCAACACUGCUGUGUCAGACGCCUGGACUCCUCCACAGGGGAGCACAGGAAGACCUUGACAAUGCUGAAGCCCCUUCACGGUGCUCCUGUGACCAGAAAUGGUUUCCUCCUUAAAGAGGAGGAGGAACUGAACCCAGGGGACUUGGUGGGCUUGGGAAAACACUACCUGUUCAUGUUUAAGGAUCCUACCAGCACAUCGGGAUCCCUUCAGACCCCUCCCUGGAUGACCACACUCUGCCCGAACGCGGAUACAAAGACAUCAUCCUCUUGUUUAUCAUGUGGCUCCUCUGUUACCAUCAAAAAGCUCAAGAGAAAGCCUUUACCGCCUCUUUGGAGGGACCUGGAGGGCACAGAGGCCGUGGUAAUAUAUGAGCUGGAGCAGGAAGAGAGGGUCCUGCAGGAGAUUUUGGACAUGUUGGACCCCAGUGGAAGUGAACCAAAGCUGACACCUGCUUUCCUGCUGAGCCUCUGCAUUCAGCACUCAGCUGCCACGUUCGAGCUGACACACUUCAGGCAGCUACUGCUCCGGAUAGCCAGCCAGAUCCAGCUCGUUAUGUGGGAGAAGACAAAGGAACUUGCAGCCAUCCAAACAGAAAUGAGCUCCAGUGAUGGGCAGCCCGAGCAUGUUCAGUUGUUCAGCAUGGAGGAGCUGAUCCCAGGUCUGCAGCCUUUGGUGCUGUGGAUGGCUAACUCCAUCGAACUGCUGCACUUCAUCCAGCAUGAUGUCCCUCAGCUGCUCCAGGGCCAGGAGGACGAAGGUCUGUUGGACUCUGAGAUGUCCUCUACUCGCACAGCCUGUGAGGAAGCCAUGACAGUCCUGGAGGAAGUCAUCAUGUUCACCUUCCAGCAGUCCGUCUACUAUCUAACAAAGAGUAUGUAUUCAGCCUUGCCUGGUCUGCUUGAUGGGAACCCGUUCUCAGAGGGCGGUCAGCUGCGAGUGCCCGAUGGACUCGCCGGCAUCCUGGAGGUGCUGAAGGAAGCGCUGAAGCUUCUCACAGCCUUCCAGGUCCAUCCAGACAUCUCGCUACAACUCUGUGCCUACCUGUUCUUCUUCAUCAACGCAUCGCUGUUCAACGCCCUCAUGGAGAGAGGAUCUGUUGCUGGUUUCUACCAGUGGUCCCGGGGUGUUCAGAUCCGGGCAAACCUGGACCUGCUGAUGGACUGGAUCCUGAGCAUCGGUCUGGGCGAUCUGGCCAGCGAGUUCUUCCAGAAGCUUUCUGCUGCUGUCAAUCUGCUGGCCACACCCAAAGAAACCCUCCUGCAGGCGUCCUGGGCCUCUCUCAGGACUGAAUUUGCUGCCCUGAACGCUGCUCAGCUUCACCACAUGCUGAGGGAGUACAGCUCGGUUAAAGCCUGUCCUGCCGGAUGGACCCCGUCCCCAGAGGAUGCAGAGGACACCGUCAGGACGGCCGACAUCCUGGAGAGCUUUGACAACCACCCACCUCUCAUCCUGCCCAGCAGCACCUUCCACCUGGAGCUGGGUAAACCCGUCGUGGAGCCCGCUCUGUUCCAACAGCUCGGUCAUCUGCAGGAGUUCAUACGCCGACUCCCCCGCAGGGAAACCCGAGCCGAGCCCGAUGCCGAGGAACAGACUGUUAAUGGGACAACCACAGACAGGCAGUCUCCGACCUCACCCUCAGUCAACGUCUUCCAGGACCCUGCCCAUCAGGGGGUCUCUGACCCGGUUACCUGCCCCUCCCCUGAGGUAGACCGGGACCAUAGCCACGCUGCAGAGCCGCCUCAGGCCAGAGGAUCUCUUGGUGACCUGAGUGGCUGUGAGGCAGUCCUGACCCAGAAGCUGAGGAGCCUGGAGCUACAGAACACCCUCACAGGACAGGCUGACAUGACUUACCACAAGAGCCUGGCACUGGACCCGUCCUGCCUGCUGACGCCGCCCAACACCCCGCAGGGUAUGGAGUUGGCCGAGCUGGAGGCUGACUUGCAGGAGGGCACCCGCCAGCAACAGAAAGCCAGUAGAUGUGAUGAGAGGAAGACCGAGAAUGUAGAAAAAGAAAAUGAAGAAGAAGACAGGGAGGAAGUGUUUACAGCGGAGCUUCACAGAGGACCUCACGGUCUCGGCUUGGCGCUCGUGGACGGGACGCAAACGCCGCUGAGAAUAAGUGGCAUUUACGUGAAGUCAGUGGUUCCCGACUCACCUGCCGCUCAGUGUCAGAAACUGAGAACUGGCGACCGCAUCCUGGCUGUUAACGGCAUCAGUGUGGUCGGUAUGGAGUAUAACACUGGUAGAGAACUGAUCCGCUCAUCAGGAGACUCUCUCAGACUGCUGGUGGCCAAAAUCGACUCAAAGACGGGCAACAGGAGCUCGGCUACGACUAAAUGCUGAAGGAAGAGCUGCGUGUGGACGAUCAAGUGCAAUUGGGAAUACUGUGGGACGUUUGGUUCAUCUUACCUGCUGCAUCCAAGUCAAGUCAGUCUAUCUCACAGGAUUACGGAGAAACACAACCUGCUUCUGUUUUCAGUGCGUCGAGACAAUCAACCCAAAGCAGCGGGACUGACUCGAGACUGAGGGCACGGUCAAGUUUUUAAAAAGCUCAUUCUGCUGCGACAGCUCCUUUCUGCCCUAUAAACAAACUCUGCGUCGGGCUCGCCUCCACACUCAUAAACCAUGAGGCUUUGGCGGUGGGGAAAGUAGCAGUUGUGAACAUCUAUUUGAAUGUCUGAGUACACAGCAUUCGGUCUGAAGAGCUUUAUCAAGCUGCUCCACGAUCAAGAUUCAUGUCUGGCAACAACUGGAAUUAUUCAUUUGUAAAUGAUGGCUAUUUUGUUAUUUUAUAACCGUGAAACAGUUUAUUUUACAAUGAAAGAACCUCCAUUUUACCCCCUUUUGUUAGAAAGUCUUUACCUAAAGUCUUACUAAGUAAAAGACCUGUCAUUGGGCAUCAUCUGUGAACAAAUAUAUCAUAUAUAUUUGAUGUCGUGACAUAUUGAGAUCAAGAGGAAUUAUCUCAACUUACUGGGAGAUUUUUGUUUUUGUUGUUUUGAGGAAAAAAACAAGUCGGAAAAUAUGAUUUACUCCCUUGCAUUUUAGCAGUUUUUCAUUUUCAUUGUGGCCUUCAGCGCUUCGCACACAUCUUUCCACUGUGAAAGCUCAACUUUUAGAUGGCAUGGAAGUGGUGUUCUGUUACAGCAGCAGGGCAAAGUUAUGGGUCACACUAAACGUCCAGGAUUGAACAACAAGAGUCAUUAGACAGUCAGGUUAAAACCUUUAACCUGACUGUCCUUUAAUCAGUUUUUAGACGUUGUUGAAUCACGAAUGGAGGAACACAUUAUUGGAGCUGUCUGUGGGAAUCCAGAUCUCUGUAGUACUCGAUUGUUUACAGAGACUAGUAAAAGGAGCUUUCUUGGGGAAAGGUAAGUGUGGAAGUGUGACUACCUGGUUCUGAAAUUAUGUGUAGGUAGUUGUGUUGAGGCAGCAAUGUUAGCAAAGCCCUGAUCGAUCCAAACUUUAUUUAGAAACCAAGCAUUUUAAAUGUUUGUUUGUUGUCUUACGGACAGACCUUACAACAAAGGAAUUCCUGUAGAAGGCAGAGAGAUUCACAAGUAACGCAAUUAAUCACAAAUGAAUCUAAUAUGAUCCCGCCAUCAAACUUAAAGCGAUGCGAAUAUUCAGAGAAAUGUAAAAAGACACUGUACACGACCCGCUUAGCAGCAAACAUCAGACCGACACAGCUAGAGACUAGCUGGUGAACAGAGUGGAGGGUUUAGCUGCUAAAGAGACAUCAUAAAGAGAUAUUUCCCUCAGGAGUUGGUAGAGACCAAAAUCUGAGCUAAAAAGAAGAAGAGAGAACUUUGGACUUCCAUCCAUCGGGGAAAGUGGUAUCAAUCUUCUCAUCUAACUGUCAGCAAGAAAGCAAAUAAUGUUAUUCCUCUAAAGCCUUACUGUCGGAGGUUUGUGCACAAAUCAUAAAACAUCUCAGUUACUCAUCUGAGAUCAGCUUGUAUGAAAAAAAAAACCCAUCAGCAGAGGUGUUUAACACUGUAAAACAACACACUGCUGCAGCCCUCUUCUGGAGUCUGUCUGGGUUUUCAUCCCAUAUGUGUUAAGUAAAGUUCAAGUAUAUUGAUAAACAGUAUUAUUCACAGUAUUUUGUAAUAUUUAUAUUGCGCAGUAUUUUUGAAACUAUGUAUUAAAUAUUAUUUUGACUUUGAAAA